AUCCAUCUCUCAUCAUUUACAUAUUUUUCUUCCUUCACAAAUACUUUAGGCUUCUUUCUUGAGUAGACAUGGUGCUAAGUGGUAAACUUAGUGUUGAAGUUACGGUCCAAACACCAGCUGCAAAGUACUUCAACAUCUUUAUAACUCAAUUCCACAAGCUUCAAAACAUUUGUGAAAGAAUCCUUGAAGGCAACAUGCAUGAAGGUGAUAACUGGCAUGUCCCUCAUUCGGUUAAGAAUUGGACUCUUAUCGUAGAUGGCAAGCCAAUUAAGUUGAAGGAGAAAAUUGAAGCUAUUGACAAGGAGAACAAGUCAAUUACUUACAACCUUUUCGAUGGAGACAUAAGUAAGAACUAUAAAGUCUUUAAGUUCUUUUUUCAAGUCUUUGAGAAGAGUGAUGGUGGUGCUACAGCUAAAUUCACUAUUGAAUAUGAGAAAAUCAAUGAGAAUGUUGAAGCUCCAUAUGGAUUCAUGGAGUUCUUUGACAAGGGUGCUAAAGAAGUUGAUUCUUACCUUCUCAAGGCAUAGAUAUAUAUAGCUGCAUCCAACAGCUAUUUAUGAAGGAGAAUCUCAACAACUUACAAAAUAAUGUGUUUGUGGUUAAUAUUAUUAAGAGGUUUUCUAAUAUAUAUUCCAAUAAUCAAUCUUGGACAUGAACAAUAUUAUUAGGAGCUUUUAAAAUGUCACUGUAAUAAAAUAUUGUCAUUUUUUUAAAGUGUGUCUGUUUUUUCCUAUAGCCACGUUUUUAAAGCGUAACAAAAAUACGUGGUUAAAUUUCUAAUCAAUUGUUACUCAUAAAAAUGUGGUCACUAAUUUCUUUUGCUACACUUUUAAAACGUAAUAAAAAAACGUAACCAAAUAUUUAAUCAAUCACAUCUUUAUAAAAAUGUGGUCGUUGACCUCUUUUAAUCACAUUUUUAAAAUAUAGAAAAAAAAACAUGGCUACAAACCUUUUUUAUGGUAGU